CAAUAAAACUUUUAUUACGAACAUAAAUUCAGUGAAGGAUGUUAUUAAAAAUUCAAUUGAUUUUCCUAUUCACGACGCAGUCUUGGGGGAAAGAUCACCCGAUAAUAGUGAAACUUGAUCCUGUCGAGAUAAUAAAAACUUUAGCGUCUGAAUCUUCGUUGAAAUAUCUACGAAAAUUGGCUGAUGUAUUUGCUAAGAAAGCCGCUGAGAAAUUUGUCAGCGAAAUAAAAAAUAAAAAAUAUGAGCUGCUUCACAAUAAUCAUGAGUUUUUGAACGAGCCACGCACUACUAAAGACAAACAUCAAAAGGCUGUAUUGGAUGAGGAAAAGGCUCUUGAACUUCUAGAAAAGCCAUCCCCAGAUGGAGACAAUUUGGACUUUGAACAAUUGGACUCGACCAAAGAAGACGAGGAGUCCACAAAUGCGAAAUCAAUACCAGUUUUCAGUCUCAUGAAAGUAAAUGGAAAAUAUGUUAGACGAUUCUUAGGGUUGUUAUGAAUAGUUAUAUGCAUUUUUAUUUUAUUAUGUCUUUUCCUGUUUGAGGGAGGGCAGCAAUUUAAUGGCCUACCUGCGUCGAUUAAACAUGCCAAGACAAUUGGUAGUUUUAAGAGACGGUGGUGUGGUUUCAUGUGUUACAAUAUAACGAAUGUGUGUGUUUGAUUUAUUAUAUUUAUAUAUGUUAUUUAUUGAUGUUGUUUCCGUAUUAAUCUUGUCUCUUUUUUGUGUUGUAAUUAGUUUGUGCAAACAAAUAAAUAAGGUAUUAAUUCCUA